CGACGAAAGCAGUAGCAACAAUGGCGACAGGAGACGAGCGUGGUGCUGCCGAGGUUUUGCGAGCACUGGCCCGGCACCUAAACUGUCUCAAUGAAGACAGCAAGAAUACCAGAAAACGGGCGCUGGAAUCCAUCAGACGAGAGACAUUUGAGAAAAGUUUGUCAAGCGACGUGCUCCAGGAAGUGUUCGCGUCCAUUCUGAAAUCACUCUUGAAAUGCCUGUCAGAUCCCAUGGAAAGAUGCCGAGAGACAGCCAUUCAAAUGAUUGGUGACUUUAUUCGAAGUGUACCCAAGCCUGAGGACUGUUUGCCCUAUUUAAUACCCGCGUUCACCCAUCGGCUGGGUGGCAAGGAGAUCCUGGAGCCAGCGGAGGAACUGCGGCUGUCGAUGGUGGAGGUUCUUAGCCUGACUGUGGAGGUGUGCGGCAGCCGCCUGGCUCCUUACCUUGAUGACAUGGUGAAGAUACUGCAGAGGACUAUCGUAGACCCUUAUCCAGAGGUCAAGAAGGAGACCUGUAAAUGCACUGUGAACUUCGCCAGAAGUAUACCAGCGCACUUCCACAUGCAGGCGGAGAGUCUGGUGAAGCCGCUGAUGCAAACCGUGUCGCACCAGCACUCCCGCGUUCGCGUGGCGGUCGUCGAGGCCACGGGCGCCGUCAUCCAGUACAGCAGCGGGAAGCCGGUGGACGACGUCCUCUCGCACCUGGCCCAGAGGCUGUUUGACGACUCGCCGCAGGUGAGGAAGGCUGUGACGGCAGUCGUUGGCGGCUGGCUUCUGGACCUGCCGGACAGGUACUCCUUCUUCCACAAGCUGAUCCCUCUCCUGCUGACCAGCCUCACCGACGAGGUCCCGGAGAUCAGGCUCCUGGCAGAGGACCUGUGGAGGCGAACGGGAGCUCAGUGGGAGAAGGAAAACGAACAAGACCUGAAGGACAAGCUGGACUUCCUCCUGGAACCCCCUGCACAUUACCCCCCUGGAGUGGAGAGGCCGGGGCUGGGGUGCCGGGAGCUGGUGUCCAGGAACCUGUCCAAGCUGCUGCCGGCGGUGGGCCGGGACCUGGGGGACUGGCUGGCGGGCACGCGGGCCAAGACGGCGCGGCUCCUGAGCGUGCUCCUGCUGCACUCGGAGGACCACAGCACCCAGCACCUGCAGCCGCUGCUCGCCACCCUGUACCGCGGCUGUGCGGACGGAGAGCCCGCCGUCGUCCAGAGCUGCCUGGAAUCGGCCGAGCUGCUGGGGCGCUUCGUCCACCCCGAGGUCUCCCUGAAGCUGCUGCUGGCGCACGCGGAGAACGCCUCUUCCUCCUCCUCUUCCUCUGCGUCGCUCGCGGUGCUGGCGGCCGUGCUCCGGGGGGGCUCGGGCCACGCCCUGCGACCGCACCUCCUCCGGAUCGGGGACGCCCUCGCCCACCCCGACCUGUGGCACGAGUCCCAGCAGUGUGUGUACGUGCAGGUGUUGGGCUGUGUGCAGGCACUGCUGGGUGUGUGUGAGGGGGACUGUGGGCCCAUCAGCCUCCAGCUGCUGCAGGUCCUGCUGACGGUGAGGAGCCUGUCCACUGAGCCCCAGCUCUGGAGCACGGUGGAGGAAACGACCGGGGCGUUGUGCUCGGAGCUGGGGCUGGCCGGGGAGGCGGAGCUAUACAGACAGCACAUGCCUCAGCUGAUUGGCUGGCUGUCCCAAACCCAGCGCGCCUGGACCAAUCACUCCAUCCAGAGGCUGCAGCUGCAGGUCCUUGUCGUCCAGUCAGGCCCUGUGAUAGGAGAGUUCCUCCCACUGCUCAUGCCCCUGCUGCAGGACUGUGUGCAGCCGAGCAGAGACCCUGAGAUGAGACUUCACCUCUUCACCCUGCUGUCCAAACUGCUGCUGGAUGCCCCCAACACGCUGGACUCACAGGGGAAGUUCAGUGAGCACCUGGAGGUGUUCCUGCGGGAGCUGCUGCUGCCUAACCUGGAGUGGCACGCGGGCCGAACCGCUGCAGCUAUCCGCACCACUGCCCUGUCCUGUCUGUACGCCCUGCUGCAGGGAGGGGGCGUCUCUGCCCAACAGCUGCAGGCAGUGCAGGCUCAGUUAACCCCUCGGGUGCUGGCGGCUCUGGAUGAGGACUCUCAGACCUCCCGCCUGCUGGCCAGCCGGUCCCUCCUCACCCUGCUGAGACUGAUCGGCCCAAACCUGCACCCCGACUGCCUCAACACCAUCUACCCAGAGCUCCUGAAGCGGGCUGAUGACAGCAGUCAGGAGGUGCGCUCGGUGUGUCUGAGUGCUCUGGGCUGCUGGUUCUCCAGUGUGGGGCAGAGCUACGACCGGCAGGUGUGCGGACCUCACCUGCAGCUCCUGUUCCAGCAGCUCCUCCUGCACAUGGACGACCCCGAGGGCAGCGUGCAGGACCACGUGCUGGACGUCCUGAAGGCCGGAAGCUCCGUGCACCCCGAGCUCCUGCGGCAGGAAGUGGAGGCCGUGAGGGACAAACAGCGCAGUCCGUCCCGCUGCGACCAGCUGCUGCAUCACCUCCAGUCCAUCCCCCGGGAUUCCGCCUGACGGCUCUGCAGAAAUCCCCACAGAAAACGGACACCGUCAGCAAUCCACGGAGAUGGAAGCGCAACUCUUAAAACAUGCAUUCAAGAGCGUUGCUUGCCAGUUAUUCAAAUGCUUUAAAUAAUAAUCUAUGCAAAGAUAACAUAAGUGACUUCCAUUUUCCUUCCUUUUUUGUACUGUUAUAUAUUGAUGCUAUUUUUGUUUUUGCUUUUGAUAAAUACCAAGUUGAAAUAAUAAAAUAAUCAUUUCAUUUUAGGAACCAGUGCCUUAAGAUGGAGACUAUGUCCACCAGCCUUUGUACACUGCAAAUAAAUGUAUUGUCUUGUGA